CGGAUCAGAAGAAGCGAUAACCAGUCAGAGCCGACCGUAUCAGCAUGGAGCCUUGACCGUUUGACAGCUCUAGCCAGCCGUUGUAGACAAAACUUCAUCUGACAGCAACAGCUUUUUUGGAAUUAAAAACUUGCCAACUUUUCGUCUUAGACUAUUUCUGAGGGCGGUUGUAGUUUGAUUGACAGCGCGUGCUCCUCCCCUCGAGGCGCUUAAAUGACCGGCGCGCGCCUGUGAGCUCGCGGCUAACGCCAGUACGGAGAGGGAUGCUGUAGAGCAGCUCAGCUUCCACCAGCCCGAUUCAUUCUGCUUAAUUUGUUAUUAUUCGUGCCUCAACCAUGAAGACCAUACUCGCUGCAUAUUCCGGUGUGAAAAAGGGCUCAGGCUCCAGCAUCCUCUCGGCCUUACAUGAUCUGCCGUCCGUGCCCUGGCUGACACGGUCCAAGAUCGUGAAACAUCUGCAGGUGAUCUCUGUCCUGCAGUUUGUCCUUUCAUUUCUUGCCAUGGGCAUCGGCUGCUCUUUGCUGCUGAUGUACAUGUUUUGCACAGACUGCUGGGUAAUUGCCGCCAUUUACACUGCCUGGCUGAUCUAUGACUGGAACACCCCUAAACAAGGAGGCCGCAGAUCGACCUGGGUGAGAAGCUGGACUGUGUGGAAAUACUUUAGAGACUAUUUUCCCAUAAGACUCAUCAAGACGCAUAACCUGCUUCCCAGCCGAAACUACAUUUUUGGCUACCACCCUCACGGCAUCUUCUGCUUUGGUGCUUUUUGUAACUUUGGGACCGAGGCUACAGGAUUCUCCAAGAUAUUCCCUGGAAUCAAGCCAUCUCUGGCUACAUUAGCUGGAAACUUCCGCUUGCCAGUGUUUAGGGAUUACCUGAUGUCUGGAGGUAUUUGCCCCGUAAACCGUAACUCCAUCGACUACCUCCUUUCUAGUAACGGUACAGGCAACGCUGUGGUCAUUGUGAUCGGAGGGGCUGCAGAGUCUUUGGACUGCGCCCCAGGAAUGAAUUCUGUCACUCUGAAAAACCGCAAAGGUUUUGUGAAGCUGGCCCUCAUGCAAGGUGCCGAUCUGGUGCCUGUCUACUCGUUUGGUGAGAAUGAGGUUUACAAACAGGUGAUUUUUGACGAUGGUUCUUGGUGGCGUGCUGUUCAAAAGAGGCUUCAGAAGAUUUUAGGCUUUGCCCCAUGCCUGUUUCAUGGCUGUGGACUGUUUUUCCCCGAGUCCUGGGGUCUUGUACCAUAUUGCAAACCUAUUACUACUGUUGUUGGUGAACCCAUCACAAUUCCAAAAAUCGAGGAGCCGAGUCAGGACGUCGUAGACAUGUACCACGCCAUGUACAUCAGGUCCCUGAAGACUCUCUUUGACAAUUACAAGACCCGUUUUGGUCUCAAUGAAAGUGACAUCCUUCAAAUUCACUGAAAGGCAGCAUUGAGGAAUAAUAACUGUGUAAAAGAACAUUCUGCCUCCCAACUAAAGUGCCUGUUCAGAGAAGGUGAAAGAAAUGCUGUUUCUACUCAUUCAACACAGUAAACUGUACUGAAAUGUACUGUACCACAUGGGAUGCAGUGAAUCUAGCCUGUGUCACUUCUGCUUAUUGCCACUGGGCGGCAUUAUGCAAUAAAUACUACACCAAUUGCUAAACGAAGUAUAAUCUAGAUUUCACAGCUGGUGGACAUAUAUUCCUCAAUACAUGGCAAUACAUUUAAAUAACGUAUUUAAGGUUUAAUUUAAAUUCUGUACUAUAUAAAAGCACAUUUUUGUUUGCCCCAUACUAUUAUUUUACUGCACAAGCAAUGCAAUUAUUUGUGACUAAAAAAAAUCAGUGUGGUUGUAUAACCAAAGAGUGGAGGUGAAGCAAAAGUGUGAUUCAUUUGUUGGAAUAAGUUGAAACAGAAGUAAACAUGACAGGGUAUUUUGCUUUUAAGAAAAUGAUCCUACAUGAUCAUAGAUCGAAGGUAAAAGUGAAUGAUAUGGAAGGUGUAGAUUAUAAUGAAUACCUGUAAAUGUAUGAUAGUAUUACCCGAAUGCUAACGAAUGCUGGUCAUUUUUUUUUUCCAACGCAAUUGAUAAUUUACCACAGAAGUAUUAAUUUUGCACAUGCUUUGUUGAGCUCAAAGAAAUAGCUUACAUGCUGCUAAUAUUGCAGCCUUCAUGUUCAGUUUUCAGAAUGUUCUCUUAUUUAAUAUCAACAUUUCUUCCCAGUUACAAAUAUCAGACAUUUAUUCAAUAAGCAUACGCUGGAGAGACCUCAAACAUGAUGCAUGCCAAAUCAAAUAGCAAAUAACUUCAAUUCAAGUGCUGAAUUUGUGUAUGUAUGCAAUCAUUUUAACCUGAGAUAUUAAAGUUUUUACUGUGAUUGUUUAUUUAAUGGAUUCAGGGGACCUGCAGCUCUUCACUGGUGGAUUAUAAGCAUUUUUCUUGCUCCCAUUCAACCAAAGAUUCACAGUUGUGCCUUAUUGCCUUUGAAGUUGUGAAUAUGCAAUAAAUGCUGCAGUGUCCAUCUCUGAUAUCAGUUGUCAUUGAUGUCCAUGAAAAUCCCGAUUCUUUAAAGUAAACUUUUAUAUAUUUUCAGAAUAAACGUUUAUGGAAAA